ACCGCCACCCUCCGAAUUCUUCCUGUUACGUUUCCCACGGCUGUGUUUUGGACGAAAACUGAGUAACCAGUAUUUAGCAACUAGUUAAGCUGGUCAAGGAACGUCGUUCGUCCUCUGUGGGAUUUUAGCGUUGACGGUUCGUGCAAGCAGAUUUUAAGGCCAGUAAUCAUGACGGACUCCAAAUAUUUCACAACAAACAAAAAAGGUGAGAUCUUUGAGCUGAAGGCAGAACUGAACAAUGAGAAAAAAGAGAAGCGAAAGGAGGCAGUAAAGAAGGUCAUUGCUGCCAUGACUGUGGGCAAGGAUGUGAGCUCUUUGUUCCCAGAUGUGGUUAAUUGCAUGCAGACUGACAACCUGGAGCUUAAGAAGCUGGUCUACCUCUACUUGAUGAAUUAUGCCAAGAGCCAACCAGACAUGGCCAUCAUGGCUGUCAAUAGCUUUGUCAAGGAUUGUGAAGACCCUAACCCACUGAUUCGAGCUCUGGCUGUGCGCACCAUGGGCUGCAUUCGAGUGGACAAGAUCACUGAAUACCUGUGUGAGCCGCUAAGAAAGUGUCUGAAGGAUGAGGACCCCUAUGUCAGAAAGACAGCAGCGGUUUGUGUGGCCAAGCUUCAUGACAUUAAUGCCCAGAUGGUGGAGGACCAGGGCUUCCUGGAUUCCCUAAGGGACCUCAUUGCUGACUCGAAUCCCAUGGUUGUUGCCAAUGCGGUGGCUGCACUGUCAGAGAUUAGCGAGUCGCAUCCUAACAGCAAUCUGCUAGACCUUAACCCCCAGAACAUCAACAAGCUGCUGACAGCCCUCAAUGAGUGCACAGAGUGGGGGCAGAUUUUCAUCCUAGACUGCCUGUCUAACUACAAUCCUAAGGAUGACCGAGAGGCCCAAAGCAUCUGUGAGCGUGUCACCCCCCGGCUUUCCCAUGCGAACUCAGCAGUGGUGCUUUCAGCUGUCAAGGUGCUGAUGAAGUUCUUGGAGCUUCUGCCGAAGGAGUCAGAUUACUACAACACCCUGAUGAAGAAACUGUCCCCACCACUGGUCACAUUACUCUCUGGGGAGCCCGAGGUCCAGUAUGUGGCGCUGAGGAACAUCAACCUCAUCGUCCAGAAAAGGCCUGAGAUCCUGAAGCAGGAGAUCAAGGUGUUCUUUGUCAAAUACAAUGACCCGAUCUAUGUGAAACUGGAGAAACUGGACAUCAUGAUCCGCCUGGCCUCCCAGGCCAACAUUGCCCAGGUUCUGGCUGAACUGAAGGAAUAUGCUACAGAAGUGGAUGUUGACUUUGUUCGUAAGGCUGUCAGAGCCAUUGGACGCUGUGCCAUCAAAGUUGAGCAAUCAGCUGAGCGCUGUGUCAGCACCCUGCUGGAUCUGAUCCAAACCAAGGUCAACUAUGUGGUUCAGGAAGCCAUUGUGGUUAUCAGGGACAUCUUCCGCAAGUAUCCUAACAAAUAUGAGAGCAUCAUAGCCACACUGUGUGAGAACCUGGAUUCGCUGGAUGAACCUGAUGCACGUGCCGCUAUGAUAUGGAUUGUUGGCGAGUAUGCCGAAAGAAUUGAUAAUGCGGACGAGCUGCUAGAGAGCUUUCUUGAAGGCUUCCAUGAUGAAAGCACCCAAGUCCAGCUCACCUUACUCACUGCCAUUGUGAAGCUAUUUCUUAAGAAGCCAUCUGAGACCCAAGAGCUGGUGCAGCAGGUCCUCAGCCUGGCUACUCAGGACUCAGAUAACCCUGACCUGCGUGACAGGGGUUACAUCUAUUGGCGCCUGCUGUCCACUGAUCCGGUGACAGCCAAGGAGGUGGUCCUGUCGGAGAAGCCCCUCAUCUCUGAGGAGACAGACUUGAUUGAGCCCACCCUGCUUGAUGAACUCAUCUGCCACAUUGGCUCACUGGCCUCUGUGUAUCACAAACCCCCCAACGCCUUUGUAGAAGGCAGCCAUGGCAUCCAUCGCAAACACCUGCCCAUCCAGCACAGCAGCAUUGAACCAGGCGAGAGCCCUGUGACUAGUGGGCCAACUGCCCCCAUGGAUCAGCCACAUGUCAUUCCCAGCCAAGGGGACCUUCUCGGGGAUCUGCUAAACCUGGACCUGGGCCCUCCAGUCAAUGUCCCCCAGGUAUCAUCUAUGCAGAUGGGUGCUGUAGACCUGCUAGGAGGAGGGCUGGACAGCUUGCUUGGGGGAGACCUAGGCGGAGGUGUUGGGGGAAGUCCUGCAGUGGGACAGAACUUCAUCCCCUCAUCUGUCCCCAAUACAUUUGCUCCAUCACCAACACCAGCACCUGCGGCUCUCAGCAGCGGUCUAAAUGACCUGUUUGAGCUUUCCACAGGCAUGGCCAUCACCACUGGAGGCUAUGUGGCCCCUAAAACAGUCUGGCUGCCCGCUGUGAAGGCCAAAGGGCUGGAGAUUUCUGGAACCUUCUCUCGCCGCCAGGGCCACAUGUAUAUGGACAUGACCUUUACCAACAAAGCACUGCAACACAUGACUGACUUCGCCAUCCAAUUCAACAAAAACAGGUCAGAGAGGCAAGAUGGCAGAUAUGAAGGUUUUGGUGUAAUCCCCACCAGCCCUCUGCCCAUUCACACUGCACUGAUGCCAAGCCAGAGCAUUGACGUCUCCCUCCCUCUCAACACCAUUGGGCCAGUCAUGAAAAUGGACCCACUCAAUAACUUGCAGGUGGCUGUGAAGAACAACAUAGAUGUCUUCUACUUUAGCGGGCUGAUCCCUCUCAACAUAUUCUUUGUUGAGGAAGGAAAAAUGGAGCGGCAGGUGUUCCUUGCUACCUGGAAAGACAUCCCUAAUGAGAAUGAGCUGCAGUACCAGAUAAAGGACUGCCACCUCAAUGCAGACACAGUAUCAGGAAAGCUGCAAAACAAUAACAUCUACACCAUUGCCAAAAGAAAUGUGGAGGGACAAGACAUGCUCUACCAGUCUCUCAAACUCACCAAUGGAAUUUGGAUCUUGGCUGAGCUCCGGAUUCAGCCUGGUAACCCCAACUAUACGCUGUCAUUAAAAUGCCGGGCUCCUGAGGUGUCUCAGUAUGUUUACCAGGUGUAUGACUCAGUCCUGAAGAACUGAAGUUUGCUCUGUUCCUCUGUGUACCUCUCAACCCAUCUUUUUUUUUCAUGAAGACAAAUGGCAGUACAUAGUAUUUGCUUCCAUGUACAAAUAACUGCCAAACAAUGGAAACACCACAUUCUGCAAGGGAUACACAUCAUUUUGAAAGAAAGCUGGGUGCAUUUACCUUAGUUUAACCUCACUCAGUCCGUUCACAGGCAAUGCAAAUACAAGUAAACACAAGGCCAUGCAGUGAUCGCCAACAUAUUGUAUAUCAAAAGGGUUUUCUACACUGAGAGUUUUCUUGUUGGAUGCAAGUGAGUAGAUUGAGGUAUUCUUGAGUGGUCGCUCAAUGACUUAAUGGAAGUAGAAAAUAUGUAAACUAUAUACUAUGAAUUCUAUUCCCAAAUGUGUGAACCCAUCCCAGAUUUUGGGAUGCCACCUAAAAAUUCGUCUAUCAUCAACUGAUCACAAAAUGAUGGAAUUUCUCCUUAAAUAAAAACAUUGCAUUCUUCCAGUUGAAGUUCUGCACACUUGAUGUAGGUGUCUCCUUUGUUUCGGCAUUUACCUGCAUUCCAUUCUUUAACUUCACCUUCCAGUUUACCUCCUUGUGGAAACUAGAUGUAUCUCAUUCCCCGCUGUUUGUAGAUGUCUUAAUGUUGUAAGACGUGAUUGAUGGUGAAACUGAGUGGAAAUCUAAAUUUCCUCAACUCCAUUGCUUUUUGUCUUUUUAGAUUUUCAGAGUUGUUUAUCGCCUUUUCUUUAUUUGUAUUUUUGAUAACCAUUCUGUUUCAGGUACUCCAGACUUGAUCUUUACAUUACAAGAUUAUAUUCCAUUUAGAGGUAUCUGCACUUUUUUCUGAAAUGGUAUUUGCUUGUCAGUUUUAGUAUUUACAAAGGCUAACAGUUGGCACCUCUGAGCCAGUAAUUCUGGCCCAAGUGGUGGUCAGGAAGUGAGAACAAGACAACUUGACAUUGUUAAUUCAUUAGGCUUUAAAGGAUCAGCAUUCUGCUAUUUGUUUGGGAACCACUUAAUUUCACAGCUAGUUGUGUUUGCAUGUAAGUGCCAUUUUUUAAGACCUCUGCAGCUGAUCAUUUUAUGCCUAAUUGUUUUUAUAAUUGCUCCGUCUACUGCAGCUACAUGGGUGUACUAAACUUCAUGCAGUGAUAUUGCCAUUCAUUUGCAUAAUCUUAUUGUCUUUUAUGUAGCUGUACUGUCAGCUUUAUUUUUUACUUUCAGUAAUGUGCUGUAAAUGUAUUGAAUUGGAAUUUAUGUAACUGGUUCAAAUGCAUUCUCUAUAGAGUAAAAUGGCUUAUUAAUACUCCAUAUGCUGCUGUCCCAGUUCAGCCUAACCAGAACCAUUUUCACACUGAGAAAACCUCCUCAAAUGCCAAGUUUGUGUUUGUUUGCUUUUAAAAUGAAUUUCCUUUCACUGGCAUGGUGUGUAAUAAACAAGAUAACAUAGCGCUUGCUUACCAACAAAGGACCAAGAAUUCUUGUGUACACAGUGCAUUGUAGUAAUACGGUGUGCUUUGCAAAAAGGCCUAGUGAAAUUAAGACUAUAUAAACCUUUACCUGAGAUGUACUUCACCUUGUUCAGUCCCGUUAAAAAGCCCAGUUAAGGCUAUAAAAAAUUUUAAUGUGCAAAGUUUUUAGAUGAUGAUGUUGAAUUCAUAGCAUUUCAUUUAACCUGCACUUAACCAGAACAAGCUACCAUGGCACCUAACAGAAUGGAAGGUUCAUAUAGUAUGGUUUCUGUAACCCUCAUAUACGUCACUCCUUAUUGUAAACCUUUGAUUGUACACUCUCUUAUGUCAAUAAAAUGUCCAUUUCAGUCUGA